CUCGUGGCGAUAAUGAACCGAAUUCCACUGUAAGCGGAGGCGAUGGGGAGAAAUGUGGGAAUCAGUGGAUCGCUGAGUCGGACCUUCGAUUCAUUCAAUCUGACCUGUUCGAAAGACUCGGUUCACUAAACUGAGUCGAAACGAAACGUCUCUACGCCCUCGUCGUCGUUCAGACAGCAGGGCUUUCAACACCGGCACCGAGCUGACGCCGAGUCAGGUGUCGCGCGAGAGGCGAAUCUUCUUUUACCGCCACCGGCUCGCGGCCGCUGUCAGGCAGAGGCGAUGAGGAGGUGACACUUUGGACCUUCACGGUGUCACGCGCAGUUGUUUAUUUGUUUGUAUGUCUGUUUCACUCAUUCGUGACGCCGCGGAGGGAUUUUUACCUUUUGCGGCGAGUUCCGCCUCUCUCUCUCUCUCUCUCUCUCUCUCUCUCUCUCCCGGAGCUAAACCUGCGGGGAAACCUUACAGCUUAGAAGCCAGAAUAAAUCUGAUGGUGGCGGAGGAGGCGAGUGGACCCUGUGAGGACCUGAAGGGAAGAGUCCCGACGGCUCUGUGACGCUCUGGCUCCGGCAGGGCUGCUGGACUGGUGAUUAAGGAGCAAUGCUGCGGCUCUUGUUCGUGUCACUUUGCUGGUCCACCAUCACCGGAGCUCCCCAGGAGACUUCACACUCUGCAGCCCACAAGGGAGAUGCCACAAGGCCGUACAUCCAUUACUGCCGCUCUCCAAGCAUGGAGACCUUUACUUGCUGGUGGCAUCCCCUUGACAACGGUUCCCAGGGUGAUGACAACGUCACCUAUAGCCUCUUGUACACCAUUGGUAAGGGGCCUCCGAAAGAGUGUCCGGACUAUGUGAGUGGAGGACCAAACAGCUGUUACUUUGACAUGGAGCACACACUGAUUUGGGAGGUUUACUGCAUGAAUGUGACGGCACACAGCCACAGAAAAGCCUUCACCUCACAGGAGCACUGCUUAGACGUGGCUGAUAUUGUGGAGAUCGACCCUCCUUUUAAUCUCACCUACACUUUGAUGAACAUAAGCAAUGAUGAAUCAGGUCGCACCGCACUGGUGUCCUGGCAGUACCCCAUCGCCCAGCAGGUCCACAUAGGGUGGAUUACACUCAUCUACGAGCUGCGUUUCAGGCCACUGUCUGAGCCCAAUAACUGGAAGGUCAAAGAGCGGCUACGUGAGCCUCAUCUGGAACUGCUGGACUUGCCGGUGGGGAGUUACGAGGUGCAGGUGCGCUGCCGCUCAAAAAAUAACAACCUCUGGAGCAAAUGGAGCUCACCUCUUACCAUCAUUAUUCCUGCCAGACGCCUGCCAGACCGUAUGUUGUAUGCCCUCAUUCUUGUGACCGGCAUUGGCGUCACGACUCUGCUCAUCAUUGGCUUUGGGGUCAUUCCGCAGGGAAAGAGGAUUAAAGCUUUUCUCCUGCCGCCCAUCCCCAAACCGCGCAUCAGAGGAAUCGAUCCCACUCUUCUGAAGAAGGGGAAAAUGGAUGAGAUUAAUCGUCACUUCUCCUCCCUACAUGGCUAUAAACCUCCUCAGUACUGUGAAGAGACGUGGUAUCAGGUCAGCAUGGACGAGGGUCUCUCUCUGUCUCAGCCGAGCCCACCAUCCAACCCCAAAGAGGAGCGACUUGGUAACAGUACCUCCAGCACCCUGAGCCCUGCCUGCCCUGACGCUACUCAGCAACUACUUCACACCACCAAUAGCCCCGCCCCCUACUGCCAGGGUCCUGCUGUCUAUGGAGAAGGCCCCACCUACUAUAGCGAAGAGGCUUUGGAGGUGGGGCUGCCUCCAGAGAGCCAGUCAUGGGUGUGGCCGGCAUCAAGCCAUGCCCAACCAGAGCUGGUGUCAUUUCCAGGUAUGGACUACAGCAUGAUUCUAAACCCGGCCCCUUUAACCAGCACUGCUCCAUCCACCUGUCAUGACUUCUACACUUGUGUCAAUGGAGUGACUCCUAGCGGGGCCGUCCAUUUGGUCCCCUGUGUUUCAAACCCGCUCAAGAGCUCCCCCUAUCUUCAGCUGAGGGAGGACAAGGAGGAGGACUCCGAGAAGAGCAGCCAGUUAGUAGUCUACUUAGAGAAACAGGCAGAAGCUCCAGGCAGCAGUACUGGGGCAACAACGGGGGAAACGGAGCAGAGUGAAUUUGCUGUGCCUUUAUUACCCCACCUGACAGAGAGGAGCUAAGUAGUGUGCAAAUACAACACACAAAUGAGGACAGUGUGUACACUAAAGAACUUUAUAUACACUUGCAAAGUACAAUCAUGCCUACUGAUGUAAUAUUACCUGCAGUACAAAACUAAUCAUUCACAUACAUUCAUGCACUGAAGAAAAGUGAUAUAUUCAAGCUAUUUGAU